CACUGCUUCCUCUGCAAUCAUUUCUUGAAUUUUGCCACAUUCAGGGCAAAAUCUAUGGCAAAUCUGAAAGAUCAUGUACAAAGUAAAAUGGACACUUUUACUUAGUUCGAAUCCCCCCCUCCCCCAUGGAGGUUUUCAACCCCCUCUCCAGGAUCUUGGAUGCCCAAUAAGCAGUACAUGAAUUUCUAGUUCUUCAAGCACACACUGGACUCUUUCCCAGGAGGUUUUGCUUAGUUUGCCAUUUUUAAAACAAUAUUGACACAGAGGACAGUGGUCUGAAAGCAGACACGAUUUCAGCGGGAAACUGCACCAAAGGCCCUUCCUGUUAAUGUGAAGGUUUCCAAAGAGCUUCCCAUUUUACAUGAAUGGUCUCACUUAAUCCUCUCAUUUUCUUAGGAAUCCCACAGGUUAGGUAGAGCUACCAGCGCACCAAUUCUUUAAGUCGGGUGACCUGUCCUAGUGACACAGCAACUGCACCCCGGGACUCUGAAGCCAGCGGCCCUAAAUGCUAGGCGCCACGGUCCCCGCUGAGCACCCCACACCUCAGGGACCUUGUACCCCUCCCCCAAGUACACGUAUGUAAAUCGUCGCAGCCAUGGCGCUUCCCUCGCUGCCGGGGCCGUUUUACUGGCCUUUGCACCAACCUCAUUUGCAAAACCUCUCGCCCAGAACCGCGAAACCGGUCCGAGAGACGUUUUCGGAGAGGUGGGGCUCUGUGGGGUGGGGUGUCAGCUCCCGCUCUCCGGCGCCUGGCGGGCUCCAAUCGCGUUGUUUCAUUCAAUCCCAAACCGUCCGGCCCCAGCGAGUGCCCGCGCGCGCCAGGCCACCGAGACGCGCAGGGGCUGCAGCCUUUGUCCAGUGGGGCCCUCGGGGAGCCGGGCAGUGGCUCCCCCUGCCCACCCGGCGGCCCCCGGAGGCCUGGGAGGGGUCGGUCCCGAGGGUCCCCGGCGGGCAGGGGCGGCCUGAGAUCCCGCGCGGCGCUUGAAUCGCGAGGGGCGUGGCCAGCGGCGGCUCCGCCCAAUGAGCGCUCAGGAUGCUUUAAAUUCCCCUGCGGGCCGGGCUGGGGCUCGCAUCCCAGGACCUGCGCCUUCGCCUCACCUGCCCCUCCGCGCGUCGCCAUGCUCUCCGUCCGCGUCCCUCUCGCCACCAUCGCCGACCCGCAGCAGCUCCAGCUCUCGCCCCUGAAAGGGCUCAGCCUGGCGGACAAGGAGAACACUCCCCCGACCCUCAGCGGGACCCGCGUGCUGGCCAGCAAGACCGCCAGGAGGAUCUUCCAGGAGCCCGCCGAGCCGAACCCUAAGCUCUCGGCCCCCAGCGUGGAGGACGAGCCGCUCCUGAGAGAAAACCCCCGGCGCUUUGUCAUCUUUCCUAUAGAAUACCAUGACAUCUGGCAGAUGUAUAAGAAGGCAGAGGCUUCCUUCUGGACAGCUGAGGAGGUGGACCUCUCCAAGGACAUUCAGCACUGGGAGACCCUGAAGCCGGAGGAGAGAUAUUUUAUUUCACAUGUCCUGGCUUUCUUCGCAGCAAGUGAUGGCAUCGUGAAUGAAAACUUGGUGGAGCGGUUUAGCCAAGAAGUUCAGAUUACCGAAGCUCGUUGUUUCUAUGGCUUCCAAAUUGCCAUGGAAAACAUACAUUCUGAAAUGUAUAGCCUCCUCAUCGACACUUACAUCAAAGAUUCCAAAGAAAGGGAAUUCCUCUUCAAUGCCAUCGAGACAAUGCCUUGCGUAAAGAAGAAGGCAGACUGGGCCUUGCGCUGGAUCGGGGACAAGGAGGCGACGUACGGAGAACGGGUCGUAGCCUUUGCCGCCGUGGAAGGCAUCUUCUUUUCUGGGUCUUUUGCAUCCAUAUUCUGGCUCAAGAAACGAGGACUGAUGCCUGGCCUGACCUUUUCCAACGAACUUAUUAGCAGAGAUGAGGGUUUACACUGCGACUUCGCCUGCCUGAUGUUCAAACACCUGUUACACAAGCCUUCGGAGCAGAGAGUGAAAGAAAUCAUCGUCAACGCCGUGCGGAUAGAACAGGAGUUCCUCACGGAGGCCCUGCCCGUGAAGCUCAUCGGGAUGAACUGCACUUUAAUGAAACAGUACAUCGAGUUCGUGGCAGACAGGCUCAUGCUGGAGCUGGGCUUUGGCAAGGUCUUCAGAGUAGAGAAUCCCUUUGACUUUAUGGAGAAUAUUUCCCUGGAGGGGAAGACAAACUUCUUUGAGAAGAGAGUAGGCGAGUAUCAGAGGAUGGGCGUGAUGUCAAGUCCGACCGAGAAUUCUUUUACCCUGGAUGCCGACUUCUAAGGGCGCUGACGAGGCGCUCUCCGUCUGCUGAUUUUUUCCCCCCCUUUCUCAUCAAAAGAGGAAAAAAAAAAAAAAUCAGCUACUCAAACUGUCAGCCAGCUACACCAGGAAUUACCCGUAACGUGCAUCAGUGGCUGUGUAGCUACCUCAACUCCUGUAAACGCGCGCGGGGUCACCUAGGUUGAAAGCAUAGACAAAAGCUACUCGGAUGUUUAGGAACGACCUUCUCCGUGUUCGGCUUGGCCGUGCACGACUUCACCCUGGCUCUUAACAGCGCCUCUCUCGGCCUCAAAGUGUGGGGAUUAGGUGCGUUGGAUCCCCCGGGACCCGACAGGCAACCACCAUGAGGCCGAAGGGAGACAGACUCACUGCUUCAGAGCAGAUUUUAAAGUUUACUUAUGCUUUGUAUAUAAAACUGGCACUUUACACCCAAAUAAACAUAGUUUAUGCUGUGGGGCCUCAAAACCUUGAUUUCACCUAAAUAUGUUAGUUUCGGCACCAGAUCCAAAGUAUUCUAUUUACCACUAAUGGGAGCCAAUUCCAAAUAUGCUGGGUGACCCAAGCAAGUUAAGCCUGUGCAAACCAAGCAUGUUAUGUUUUAUUCUUUCUUUAAUGAAUUGAUGGCGCUUUCUAAUUCAGUCCUUUGCACACCGAGCUGUUAGUAUCAGCCAGGUGGUGCCACGUAGAACACAGGUGGGUUUUGUGCUAAGAGGAGAGAAGAUUCGAACUUGCAUCACUAGAGACAAACGAUCCAGGCUCACUGCGGGCAACCUGGGUGGGCCUGAGGGGCGGGAGCAAUGAAUUCCCCACACUGUCUGUCCUCCGGCCUCGAAUUAAUAGGCAAGAUCCUUGAAGAGUCUUCUUUGCUGGGAUCUGAAAUAUUUGCCUGAUAAAUUGGUUUUCAAGUCAUCCUUGAACAAAAUGACCCACCUAGGAACUUUCUCCCCCUGAGUGGUAAAACCUGGGCUGAAGUUGCCUCUCCUUAAAGCUGAGUGUUUAUUCUGAUUUUGUUUCAUUUGUGUGUAAGUAGGUACUGUUGACUUAACCAUUUGUACUUUCUAAGUUAGAGAAUUUUUCUACUAUACAUGUCUUUUAAUAUUGUAGCUAUAGCUCAUACUUUGAAAUAAUUACCCAGUAUUAUUUUGCAGUUGAGAAUUGAGAUAUUGUUCAGUGCAAUUACUUCUAGGAUUUGCCUAAAUCUGAGCAUCACCUGCUGAAUCCCUAAAGUUCAGUAAAAGACUAGUGUUAUGCGAGUGAUAAAUACGCGUUCCACUCAGAUGUUAAUUUCAGACAAAGGCAUGAACUUAGCAGAUAUGUUUAAUAGGGCUAGUUUGAAUCCCUCUGUUUUUAUGUUCCCUCCCCACCCACCCCCUUCAAAAAAAGCCGAGAAGUGACCACACAACAGGUAAUGCACGAUGCUCAUUCAUCCUUGGGCCAAGUUGUUAAAACACGUUGUGUUGUGUGUUGACUGACCCCUGGCCUGUUCUGUUGUCAGUUUUCUUCACUGAUUGCAUAAAUGGUAUAAUAGUCAAUUUAAAAUUUUCUGUCAUAGGAGGCCCUUUUCUGUCUUUUAAAUUAUUGUUCCAUAGAGUUGAUCCAGGUUAUAUAGUCCUGAAACUCGUGCAACACAAAAAUAAAAGACACCCUUUGCCUUGAAUUGUCAGGUACAGGUGGGUGCUGGAAUCAGAUUUUAGAAUUCUACCUCCUGUUAGCUGUGUGAUGUAAGAAUUAGCUUCUGCCAACGAGGAUUCGGUUUCUUAAUCUGUUUAAAGCGUAACAGAUUUUUGUUUAAAGUGUUUCAACAUCUUAAUAUGGAGUACUGCACAAGUGUUAAACGAUUUAAAUAAAACUAUUCUUAUGUCAG